GACUUCGAAAAUGCCAAGUUCACCAAGCCCAGUGACUGGGAUAGGUGGUCAGAGGCAUAUAAGAAGAAGGCAGAACAUGCAGGAAUAUACGACUUCGUCAAUCCGAAUCAUCGACUACGACAACCCUGGCCUACUGAACCAAAAGUACCUCAGUUCGACGGCUUCCAGAAGAAGAAGCAAGCCCAGCGUAGAGGCAACAUAAACAACAAUACCAACCGCGAUGACCAUAACGCACCGGUAAUGAGCAGAGCUAGUGGAUCUAACGCUCACUCAGUCAACCGCAGUGCAGCCCAGACGCGCGCUGCCUCUGCCGCUGCUGCCGCAGCCACUCGAAGAUCACAGAUUGAGGAGAGCAAUCACAACCCAGACGACGGCGAUCAUAAUGAUGAUGAUUCUACAUUAGAAGAAGAGGAUGAAGAGGAGGAAGACAAUAUCCACAACAGGGCUACGCAGUUCUCUGACCUUUCAACUAUGGGUCAAACAAAUUGGAAGAUUGCAUUCGAGCUUUACAAGGCCAACCUCAGCGUAUACAACGCAAAGACCGGCGCCAGAUCAGCAUUUUCGAAUUGGGUUCUGAAGAGUAUCGGCCCAAACUAUCAACACAUCACCAAGCGGCGCGAUCUCCCAGAAAUUUACCAGGCAAUCAAAGACCAAUGGCUACCCUUCAGAAAGAACAUCACGAAAGGCAUUAGAGACGACUAUACCAAGCACCUCGCACAGGUCAAAGGCAAAGACCGAAAGCUUAGUGAGUGGAUUACCAGAUGGCAAAAGCUGGUAAACGAUGGUGUUGAGCACGAAAUUCUACAAAUCGCAACACCAAGCUCGUGGUAUGAAGACCUUGUGGAAGCAUUGAAGAAUAUCCCGGACGGAAAGACAUGGGCACUUGGAGAGCUUGCAACCUUAGAGGAGGAUAUCCUCGAA